AAAAUAGCAAAACAUUAUCAAAAAACAAUAACAACAAUAGUAAUAGCGCUUAUUUAGUCAAUACACCGGUGUGUCGGAUAAUCAGAGGACCGGUAUUUGAUGACGAGGUUUGGCCACUGUAUGAAAAUAUGAGCGAAAAAACAUUUAAUUGUGCAAAACAUGAUAACUUUGGUAUUACUAUUGAAAGAUACAAUUUCUCGGGAAUCAGGAUUACCGACAAAUCAGAUAACAGUAUUGAUUGUUAUUAUAGUGAAAUCCGUCGCAAAGAUAACAAAGACGAAGCCAUCGACUAUACGCCUCCCUUACCUAUCCGUGUCAAUGAUGUUACCUAUUUUGCCAGCAAUGUUAGCACUGUCAACGUUACCUGUUUUCUAGAUAAAACACACAACGAAAGUUACAGCAAAGUCAUAGCUUUAAUACCGGAUCUCAAUAUAAAUGAAAACACAAAUUUGCCUAAAAAUUUGCCCAAUCUUUUAUUUAUUGGCAUAGACUCCCUGAGCAGGGUUAACUUUGAGCGACACUAUCCAAAAACAAUACCGUUGUUAGCAAAACACAAGUUUUAUACACUGUAUGGCUAUAAUAAAGUGGCUGACAAUACUUUUCCCAAUUUGACACCACUGUUGACCGGCCAAUACCUGGAUGACCUGUGGAACGAGGGAAUGGCCAAAACAACUUUCCUUGAUUUUUUCCCAUUAGUUUUCAAAGAGUAUAGAAAUAAAAGCUAUAAUACAUUGCUAAUAGAGGACUACCCUAGAUUGGCGACAUUCAACUUUUUUAGACUUGGUUUUCGGGAACCGCCAACUAAUUAUUAUUUACGACCCUUUAGUUUGGCAAUUGAAGAUAAUAUUGAAAACAAUUGUUAUUUAGAUAAACCUGAAAUUGAAGUAUAUUAUGAUUAUGUUUACGAUUUUGUAAAAGCAAUGACUGUCCGAAAACAACGGUACUUUGCGUUUACAUUUAUGGCCCGACUUACACACGAUUUACUAAAUAAUGCCGGUUUGGCCGACCCAUUGGUUUACCGGUUAUUUAGCAAAUUGUUUGACGAAAACCUGCUGUCAAAUACAAUACUCAUAUUUUUCUCAGAUCACGGCAUACGGUUUGGCAAAAUCAGGGAAACAUUAUCUGGAAAAUGGGAGGAACGGAUGCCAUUGAUGCAGGUGUAUGUGCCCGACACUUGGAAAUCAGACAACUGGACACUCAAUAAGCACCGAUUGAUCACACCGUUUGAUAUUCACGCAACACUCAAACAUAUAAUCAAUGGACAACCGGACAACAGUCUGAAACACGGAAAGUCGUUGUUGUGGGAAAUACCUGAAAACAGGACCUGUAGUAGUAUUCCUGUUUUGGAGCACUGGUGUUCGUGUCAGUCCAGUGAUCCCAUAACUAAUCUCUCAUCCAUUGAACCGUUGGCACAGUUUGUAGUUGAAAGUGUUAACAAGUAUUUGUCACAAAACUUCAGCAAUAACUGCAUUGAACUGACUCUGGAUCGGGUUAUCAGUGGCUAUGCCAUCAAGUUUUCCGAAAAAGUGAUGCAAUUCAAGGACAGUCUAAACGAUGUUAACAAUAGACAUGUGGUAUUCAAUGAUGAAAAGUUUGUUGAAAACUCACGCAAUAUAUUGGUUACGGUUUCGGUUAAACCGAGUGAUGCCUUGUUUGAGGCAACAGUUAAUGUCAAUCAAAAUAAAGAUAAUAUGACACUAAUCGGUGAAAUUUCACGUAUUAACAAAUAUGGCGAUCAAUCCAAUUGUAUUGACAACACACAGGCCAAGAGAUAUUGCUUUUGUAAAAAUCAUUUACAUUGA